ACUCCCAUUCUAUAUCGUCUAGGGGCGUCAGGAAGGGGGACUAGCCAGCCUCCACUGAACGGACGGAGAAGCUGAAGCCCACUGAAGUCGCGUGACCAGCUUAAGGUCGGUCACUGAGCUCAUUAGAAGCUGAGCUUUCAGAUCCAGUUUUUCACCUCCCUUUCCCGACCGAGUCGCUGCAUCCUGGAAGGAGAAGCCUCACUGUCACUGAUCAGAAUGGUCUCAGCGGUCAGAAUCCCCAAACCAUGUUUCUGGGGUCCGGGAACCGGCGCGCAGUCGGACACUCCCCCGGUGCCGGUGGGGAGGCUGAGGUCCAGAGCCCGGUGCUCCAGCGCCAGCGAGGCAGAAGGCGAGGGGGCGCGCCCAGCCUCCCCAGCCGCCGGGCGCCGGAGCCGCCUCCGCCCGCCCCCCACGCUGGGUCCCCCCGCCUCGAUUUUGCCCUCGCGGCGCCGCCAGCUCGGGAGCCAGUCAUGGUGGCUACACUGGUGGCGGCGUGGCUGCUCCUGUCGGCCGCGGCCUACGCGCAGCGGGAGCAGGACUUCUACGACUUCAAGGCGGUCAACAUCCGGGGCAAGUUGGUGUCGCUGGAGAAGUACCGCGGUUCGGUGUCCCUGGUGGUGAAUGUGGCUAGCGAGUGCGGCUUCACGGACCAGCACUACCGAGCCUUGCAGCAGCUGCAGCGGGACCUGGGGCCCCACCACUUCAAUGUGCUUGCCUUCCCCUGCAACCAGUUCGGCCAGCAGGAGCCCGACAGCAACAAGGAGAUCGAGAGCUUCGCCCGCCGCACCUACAGUGUUUCCUUCCCCAUGUUUAGCAAGGUCGCAGUCACUGGCACCGGUGCCCACCCUGCCUUCAAGUACCUGAUCCAGACUUCUGGGAAGGAGCCCACCUGGAACUUCUGGAAGUACCUAGUGGCCCCAGAUGGAAAGGUAGUCGGGGCUUGGGACCCAACUGUGUCGGUGGAGGAGAUCAGGCCCCAGAUCACAGCACUCGUGAGGAAGCUCAUCCUGAAGAAGCGAGAAGAGUUAUAACCACUUUCUCUCCUCUCCCCCGUCCUCCCACCCCUGCCAUCUUCCACCUUGAAUGGGUGACCAAAGCAAACUCAGUGGUGCUCAGUGGUGCUUAGAGGGAGGACUAUGGACUCUCCUUCCUCCAUUUUUAACCCACCUACCCUAUCACAUCUAUGGGGGGGGAUUUCUAGUAUUUGGGUUAUUUGAGUCUUAGAACAACCUAUAGGAACUCUUGGGCAAUAAGAGCUCUUGACCAAUGAAUCACCAGCGAAUAAGAACCUCUAGCCCAUGAAAACAUGUGGCAAAUAGAAGUAUAUCAAGAAAUAAUCUCCUGCCUAUUAAGAACUCUGUAAAAUGGGACCAAUUCCUACCUCACAGGGCUGUUGUGAGGAUGAGGAUGAAAGAUCUAUGAAAGUGUCUAGGGCAGUGCCAGUUCACUAGGAGGCAUUGAAUAAUUUUUUUUGCAUAUAAACCAUAAAAUAAUUUGUAAUCAAUAAAAACUUUUGCCCAACAGGAAUUUCCAGCCAUUGAGAAUCCAAGGCCAAAGAUUUAUUUGUUACUGUAAUUGAUUUCCUCUGUAUUAUUUUUUUUAAAUCACAAAGUAAUGCAAAUACAUUGUAAAAUAAUACAGGAUGAUAUAAAAUAAAAAUGAAGAUAUCCCCCUUAUUUUCUAUAUCUCACUCCCUGGAGGUAAAUAAAUACUGUCAGCAAUUUGGUACAAA